GAUUCGGGGCUGUUCGCUGUCAUCACCCACCACCCACCACCUCUCCCUCUUAUCCACUCCCUGCCCUCUGCGGCUGCUUGAACUCGGACAGGCCAUCCAGUCAAGCCUUUUAGACCUCUACAGAUACACACAAUUUAACGAUCAUGUCGCAUCUCGCACCUUCUGGCAAAUGGGACGCCAGGCUCCUCGGCCCUGUUCCUCACGAUGCUAGCUACUACGCAAAGUGCAUGCUCGGUGGUGUUCUCGCGUGCGGUAUCACCCACGCCGGUAUCACCCCGCUUGAUGUCACAAAGUGCAACAUGCAGGUCAACCCCGGUAAAUUCAAGGGUCUCGGCUCUGGUCUGUCGUUGAUUCUCAAGGAGGAGGGUCAGAAGGGUAUCUGGAAAGGUGUCGGCCCCACUUUUGUCGGCUAUUCUCUCCAGGGCAUGUUCAAGUACGGCCUGUACGAGAUCUUCAAGGAUGCAUACAUGAACUUGGCUGGUGAGGAGGCCAGCGCCAAGUACAAGGGUGCGAUUUGGCUCGCUGGUUCCGCGUCCGCCGAGUUCUUCGCGGAUAUCGCACUUUGCCCUCUUGAGAUGACCAAGGUCAAGAUCCAGACGUCCCCAGCCGGUACUUUCCCCGUUCCUUUCGGCGCUGCCCUCGCGGAGAUGAGCAAGACCAAAAUCGAAACUCGCUUCCCCUUCGGCUCUCUCGUUCCUCUGUGGUCGCGCCAGAUCCCGUACACUAUGGCCAAAUUCUUCUUCUUCGAGUACUUCGUCGGCCUCUUCUACGAGAACGUCUUCACUGCUCCCAAGGAUACCUACAGCAAGCCAACUCAGCUUGGUGUCACCUUCGCGUCUGGUUACCUCGCCGGUGUCGUCUGCGCUGUCGUCUCGCACCCCGCCGAUUCGCUCGUCUCUCAGCUCGGUAAGCCUGCGAACAGGGGCAAGUCACUUGGCGCUAUCGCCAGUGAGGUCGGAUUCUCCAACUUGGCCACGAAAGGUCUCGGUACCCGUGUGUUGAUGAUCGGUACCCUCACUGGCUUCCAAUGGUGGAUCUACGAUUCAUUCAAGGCUGCCAUGGGUAUGGGUACGACUGGUGGCAAAUAAACGCCUUGCCCCCAAAAUAUCUAUACCAUAGACGUCGGUUUGUUGUGCUGGACAGCUGUAGAUAUAAUAUGCCUGCCCUGCACUCGUUUUACUCUGGCCUUCUCUAUCUUGUAGUAGCGCUUAGUUGUGUCGGUGUAGGGUCCUUGGACAUUAGACCGCAAGCUGAAUAUUACACAUAUGCAGACUUUCC